UGACGUUUGCGGGCGUGUGCAAGGGGUUCAUCGGUUAGCACAUGCGGCUUGUGCGGUGGUUGGCGGGAGUCCUAACAUCAGCUGUGCUUGGCACGGCUCUGGAACUGAGUAACCCUGUUCAGCGCGGAGGGGGUGAUGUGACGUUCAUAUUUACUGGUGUCGAAGACAAGUCUCCCGUGUUGAAAUCAAUCCAAAACGCAGCUACGCUAAGAACCAUUGCGGCCGACGUUCCACUGGUACACCGAGUCAACGUGGACGACGCCAGCGUUUCCGAGUUCAUGCUGGAUGGCGAAUUGGCCUUGCCAGGACUAUACAAGCUGCUUGUGCAGGAUGGAAAAGCCAGCAGAGUGUUUCACGCGGCGUUGACCACAAAGGUAUUUGUGGCCCAUGCAACCAUUCACGGCGCAAAAGUCGAAUUUGGGUCAUCGUUGUCGGCAAUUCCAACCCUGAAACCACGCGACAAGUUUUCGAUCGAAGUUGGGUUGCAGGAUGCAUACACGUUCAAGCCCAUGGUGGCCCAUCAAGCAGUCCUCCGCUUCACCAACACAGAAUCGUCCGUAGAUGCAACUUUCCCGCUCGAGUCCACAACCGACAGCACCAUGCAAGCUGCUGUCACUGUCGAUGCUUCCCUUCUGUCAGGUCUCUACGGCGUGCAGUUGAUCGUUGGAGACGUCCAGUUUGAGAAUGCUAUCGAGUGGAAUUUAGGUCAAGUCGCGCUUGAUAUUCCACCAGCCCCGCCUGCGCCAUCACCGCCUCUCUACACGACAUCGCUCUUGCAUGAGAGCGACGUCACGCUGCAUGCGUUGCCAGAGAUCACACAUGCGAUGCGACCUCCUGCUGCGAGACCCAGAGAAGUUGUGUCAUACGUCUUCACAGUGCUCGUCCUGGUGCCGCUCGUCGUUUUCGUUCUGUGGGCGCUUCGCACUCAAUCGCUGGCGAACGUCCCCUCGACAUUUGGUGGUGUCGUGGUGACGAUAGGGUUUUUUGCGUCCGUGUUGGCGGUGCUGGGGCUCUAUGGCCUGUUCUGGUUGCAGCUCACCAUGUUCGCAGUGCUGACCUACCUGGCAGUCCUGGGGCCAGUCGUGAUCGCCACGGGGCACUUGGCGCUGCAUGCUGUCAUGGCAGGCAGACCCGAGGCAUCCAACUCGACGAAUAAACCCAAGUGCGAUUGAUUUUUUUGUUAAAAUUGACCGGGAAACAGUUGUACUGCUUAUUCGAAGACGAACAUGAGCGAAUGUGAGUUACCCUGUUGUGGCGGGAUGGAUUACCCGCUCCGGCUGCGACUGCG